CGGAGACAAUGCCCCGUCCUGUUCGGUGGCCUUAUAAGUGACGAGCAGCCCACGAGACCUGAUCACAAGUAUUCAAAAUACUACUGGAACCAUCUGAUACUCAUGUAAUAAUUGAAGAUGGCAAACAUGCGAAGGUUUCAUAACCCCAUCAUUCCAGGCUUUGCGCCGGACCCCUCAGUCGUCAUGGUCGACGGGAUCUUCUACCUCGUCACCUCAUCCUUCCACAUCUUCCCCGGCCUGCCCGUCUACGCUUCCCGUGACUUGCAAAAAUGGAAGCAUAUCGGCAACACAAUCAACCGCCCGGAGCAACUCACCCUCGCCAACGCAGCCACAAACUCCUUCACCCUAGACACCGGCCACACAAUGAUCGCAACAGGCGGCCUCUUCGCCGCCACAAUUCGUCACCACCGCGGGAGAUUCUAUAUAAUCUGCACCAAUUGCGGCUCCUCAAACGGGUCAUCGGAUCUGCAAAACUUCAUCAUCCAUACCUCUGACAUCUGGGGUGGAGACUGGAGUGACCCUAUCCCAGUAGACUUCCCCGGCAUAGACCCAAGUCUGUUUUUCGAUGAUGACGAUCGCGUAUACUUCCAGGGCUGCUUCGUCAUGGACCGCUCAAAGCAGCCGAGCUGUACGAUCAAACAGGUUGAAAUUGACGUCCUCACUGGGAAACAACUUUCUGAGCAGCGAGAGAUUUGGGGUGGGUAUGCGAAAUACGAUACUGAGGGGCCGCACGUGUAUAAAGUUGACGGGUGGUACUACCUUCUCGUCGCUGAAGGCGGGACCUUUGAGCAUCACAUGCUUUCCAUCGCGAGAUCGAGAGAAAUAUGGGGACCGUAUGAAAGCUUCGAAGGGAACCCGAUCAUGACUGCAGAUGGGAAGGACGAGUACAUCCAGAACAUUGGCCACGGCGAAUUAUUCCAGGACGCGGAAGGAUCGUGGUGGGCCGCGGUGCUAGGCGUCAGGAAGGAUGAUGAUGGAUGCGCUGCGUUGGGGCGUGAGAGCUUUCUUACGCCUGUUGAGUGGCCUGAGGGUGGAUGGCCGCGGAUACUUCAGCCCAAGAUGGACUUUGAGAGGGAGUUUGGGGAGGCUACGUCGAGCUUGGGAGUCCAGGAGCGGAAAUCAUCGGCCAACGUCGCGGACGUCUUUAUCAGAGAUCCCGACUUUUCCAAGUACCGGUUCUCUAAGGAUGAUAAGCUCAGAGUUACGCUCUUGCCAAGCCGCACCGGAUUCUCAAGUCCUACCGGGACCUGCACUUUUCUCGGAAGAAGACAAAGAUCUCUGGCCAGUUGCGCCGUUGCCUCUCUCCAGCUAAACGACGACAUAAGAUCAGUCAAGGGGCUUCGAGCAGGUCUAGCAAUGUACAGAGACAGCGUCCGCCACGUCUCGAUCGCAUACGACUCCGCCGCUGAAGCCGUCAUCUGCCACGCAUUCAACUCUGCGACUGGCUUUGACAAGAUCUUCUCGAAUACUCUUCCAUUGGGGAACGAGGCACGGAAGAUCAACUUCAAGAUCCAAGCCUCGGAGACUGAGUGGAAGUUCUAUGCUGCACUACAUGACAAGGAUGAUGCUGCAUCUGGCAGCCAAAGUCUCAGCCUUGAGAGUUGCAAAUGGGAAGAGCUCGGAGUGGUUGCAGUCAAAGAUUUUGACGCCCGGGAUUUCACAGGUCCUAUCAUGGGAGUCUUCGCCCAGACUUCGGCUGAGAAGACAGAAGAUGUGUCGGUUACGUUCUCUCACUUUUCAGUGGAAGACGAUGGAUUCAGUACGUAGCUAGCAUUGACGCACCAAACAAGAAGAUCAUGGCGCAAGAUAGAAGCAACUCCAUGACCUAGGG